AUGUUAAUUAAUACAGAAACCUCAACUGCUAUAGCCUUCUCAAUACCAAUAUUAGUCAAUGCAAAAGACGUUAAAGAAAUCCACAUAAAUGCAACAUAUAAAACUGCAAAGGGAUAUUUUGAAUUAUUUGCAAUAGUUGGUCAAUUCAAUAGUUCUGGUUUUGCUCUUGGUUAUCUAAUGCUUGAUAUACAUCAAGAUGAAGAUUUAACUAAAAUAACUAUAUUAACAGAAUUUUUUACUCAUUUUCAAAAUCUGAGAUUAUGGAUUUGCAGUUAUUCUUCAUUUCUUCAGAAUCGAUUCCUUAUAUGCAAACAUUUGGUUAAAGCAGUGGGUGGCACAGCUAACCAUUUAAUAUAUGAGGAGUUUAAACGUAAUUAUGAAUAUUCCUUUUUGAUAUUGAAAUCUCUUGAAAAUGUUGAAUCACAAAUGUUAUCAGUGUCUGACAAUGAACAGAGUUCUGCGAUCAUCCAAGCUGCUGACAGAAGUUUACAAAGAAAUAAUCUAGAGUUAGAAAAAUCAGUACCAAUUAGCAAUGAGAAAUUUGAAAAAGAAAUAUCUGAACUGAAGGAAUACUUGACACAUAUGUGUAGUGAAUUUAAUAUCAGAAACUUGCGACAUGUAAAAGUUUUAAUGGAUGCAUCAAAAAAGUCUCAUAAUAUGAUAGUUGAUAUAAAAAAGAGAGAGAAUAAAUGUAUUUGA